AAAAUUUCAAAAUUAUUUAAAUUUUUUAAUUUUACCUCUUUUGUAUUAAAAAAAAAACUGUCAAACUUUUUACCUUCCUCCCCUCCCGAUAAUAUUCUUCAUCGCACGAAUCGCACUCGUAAUAAAAAAUCGUAGUUCCGAAUUCAAGAACCCAAAACAACAACAUCGACGUCUAUAAAAUCUCGAAGCUAACCGAAGGACAACGACAACAACAACAAUAAUAAGAAUGCCAAAGAACUUGGAAUUGCGUGAUGUGUGCAGUUUGACAUCGACGAAGAAAUUCAACCGCUGUCGUUCCUUUCAUUUUCGGUAUUUAGAGCUCUGUCGGGCGAAGAAUCUGACACCUUUGCCAGAUAUUCGCACCAAAAAUAAUGCAACAUCUAUGUUAGAUUUUUUCGGUGAAAAAUUAGGCGUUACUGAUUGGCUACUAAUCAUAGAGUCGCUCUACUAUGAUCAAGUGCUGCAAACACUUAGCAUUCGAUUGCGCAAAAACUUGGGAAUGGUACUGGAGCAUUUAGAUACAGAGAAGAAGGCACGGCUCUUCAAACAAAAGCCGGUAGUCUGUACGAAGUUCGUUUUUUCUGGUAUCGUGGAGGCAGUUUCAAAUUGUAUUGAAUUCAAUAAGAAUUUAAGAAUUCUAAAUCUAGAAGGUUUGCCACUUAAUGAUAAAUAUGUGGAAUCCAUUGCCAAGGCACUCUCGUCAAAUGAAAGUCUUAAGGAAAUAAGUUUUCAACGUUCGAAUAUUUAUGAUAAAGGAUGCGAGGCGAUAUGCAAUACAAUCAAGUAUUUGGAAAAUGUGGAGAAAUUAAAUUUGUCAGAAUGUGAGCUGACGACAAAAGGUGCGGAGCACGUAGCCGAUAUGAUUAAGAUACAAAAGAUCAGUCGCUAUACGGAGGGCUGGCAAAAAUCGUUACGCUAUCGGGACGUUGAUCCGGAUUCAAUACCUGGACUGCGUUCCAUUGCACUGGCGCGCAAUCCGCAGAUCGUUGAUGAUGGUGUAAAGGCGAUUGUUGAAAUAUUAAAGGAGGAUGUAUGGAUAAAAGUGAUCGAUAUGGAGAAUUGUGGUCUGACUGAUCGUGCCGCAAACAUGAUCUUGGAUUGUCUUGAGGUCAACAAUUAUAUUAUUGACUUUAACGUACGUGGAAAUGCAGGUAUUAGUAAAUUUUUGCAACGCAGCAUACGUGAACAACUGGGCAAGGAGGAUGAGGAUCAGAAGAUGCUCGAGGGUCAGAUGCAACCGGGCUCUGGCGGCAACGGCCCAAAUGCACAAUCGAAAAAGAAUCGUGUCACAUUGGCACAGCUCAAGGAAAAGCUUAAAACACUAGAGGAGCAAUUGGCAUUCGAGCGCACACUGCGCAAAAAAGCUGAGCAGUUGAAUGAAAAACUCAACCAACAGAUAAUAGCCUACGAAAAUCGAAUGGAGAAUGAAGCCAACGCGCGCAUACCCGAAGGAUAUGUGGUUGUGAAGAACGAAUCGCUGCAGUCCAUCAUUAAAGAGCGUAAUGAUUUCCAGAAGUUGGCCAGUAGCGUUUGUCGCAACAAUUCACCGCGCAACAACAACUGUCGAUUCAAGCAAAUGAACGCAUUGCAGAUGCAAAGUUCUAAUACGUCUUUGCGAGAAUACCCUAAUGCCAGUCUGUCAACAGAGACUGCGACGAACGUAUCGGUGCAUGAGGCGCUGCCGUCGCCUACCUUAACUGUUAAAGAGAUGUCGCGUAAAUUGCUGAAAGUGCGCAAGGUGAAAAGUGAGAUGAAAUAUGUAGAGCCAGCACCGAAAGAUUCUUCCAAAAAGAAGGAAUCCAAAUCUGAUCACGAGUUCGCUAAUGAAACGGACUUUCAACUUACCACCGUACACUUCGAGACAAAUAUCGGCGAUUCAGCUGCCAAAAAUGCGCCAUCUAUGGCCAUACCCAUAUCAGGCGGCUCUUCAUCAAUGGCCCCGCAAUUGACAGCGCGCAUUGACAAAAAGCCGAUGAAUAACGGUGGUGGUUGCACUAUUCCCGGCAGCAGCCGCAAUAUUUUUUGCAGUAAAAUCGAAAUGGACGACUUGUCUAUAUCGACAUCGCGCAGUCAAACCAGCGAUGGCUGCUCCAGUGACUCGGAUACAUUACGCAAUAGCGCCGCAGAUUAUCAGCCAUUGAAGGUGUUCAUUCGACGCAACAAGUCAUUGACGGCCCAACAGCAGUCGCAGCAGCAACGUGGCCAGAGUGAUGGGGUGACUAAGACCAUUAAGUCGCCGCGUUCACUUUUUCUGGGAUUGUGCGAUGAAUAAGGAGGUGACAGUUGAUUGGAAAGGAAGGAAGCAAGAAAGCCCAGAAAAUUGUAUCGAAGUUCAUUUACUUUUUUAGUUGAAUUUAGUAUUUUUUUUUUUGCAUUUAAAGCUGUCGCCGAGGAGCAUACUGUGGCCUCCCAUUCCUUACUCCUUCUUCUUAGUUUUGUUUGUUUCGGAAGCAGAGAGGGAGUUAUGUCCAUCAAUAAUUUUAAAAUUACACGAUAAAAUUCUCUGUAGCGUCCGAGAUAUAUUUUUGUAUAUUUUUUCUUGCUCACAGCAGUUCUUGUGUAAUGCCCCGUUCUCAAUUCGUGUAUAUACAUAUGUAUAUGUACAUACAUAUGUAUGAGUAUAUUUUAUAUAAAAUUAUGUUUAAAUAAAUAGUCAUUUAUAAAAAGAA